UUAAAAGAUAACGUUUUUUUCAACGAAUUUUGGACCGUUUUAUUUAAAUUAAUGUUACCAAAUAAAACGAUUACAUAUUAAAUGUCGCUUAAUUUCUGUACCGUAUUUAAUUAAGUGUGCUGAGACUGACUAAUCAAUUUAGAUGGAUCUUUCCUGCGAGUAUAUUUAAAGGUUUCAUCUCUGUCUGUGUCUAUUCCGUUCUUUCGUCACUUAUCACUUCAUAUUUCUCUCUUACGAGCAUUACUGUGAAAUAAUCAACGAAUUGUUGCGCCUUCUUUCAAAAACACAAACUGUUGCGCUUUCCGGAAUCCGGAGCAUCUCAAAAUUCAACAAUUAUUUGAUGAACGUGUAAGCCAAUUAUAUAUACAAGGAGCAUAAAAGAUAUAGACUCCGUGUCCAGUUGUCGUGACUAAUCUGUUCUAAUGGCGGAUUGUGGUGGUAGCGGUUCCGCAUCGGAAGAUGAAAGAAAAGAUUUCAUUAGUGCACUCCCAACUGAUCUAAAACACAGAAUUUUGGAGUGUUUGGAUUGCACUCGAGAUGCCGCCAGAACCUCUGUGCUUUCAACCCAGUGGAAGGAUGUAUGGCUGCAGCUCAAAUCGCUAUUGUUUGGUGAAAGCUUCUUCCGGCACGCUCAGAACAAUGCAGCCGAAGUAAUAACUCCCGUGAAGAAAUUCAGUGUGCGAAUGAGUUCAAUCGACUCCGAAGGGCUGCAGCAAUCUGAGCUUCACGAGUGGUGCCUAUAUCUAUCUGAAAAUGGUAUUGUGGAUCUGAACAUAUCGGUUCGAGCGGGUCUGAAGCUGCCCAUCUGUGUCUUCUCGUGCGCGACAAUUCGCCAUCUCGAACUCAGCCGCUUCGAUUUGGAUUGCGCCCUGCUGGUUAACUCUGGCUGUUUAAUCCACAACAUCAGAUCUUUGGUUUUCAAUGAAGUUAAGUUUCAAGGUAAAGUUGAGGGCUCUGUUCCCUCUGUUGCUCCUAAGCUUGAGAAGCUUUCGUUUUAUUGGUGUGAAGGGAUCAAUUCCUUUCAGAUCAAUGCUCCAAACCUUACAAGUUUGUCUGUCACUGGGUUUGCCAAAGAAAAGGUCGAAAGGAGAUGGUUUAUGCCUCAUUUGAAAUCAAUAAAGUCUCUCUGCUUGUCUGUCCAUAUGAUCUUGUGUGAAGAUGUGGCAUUAUGCUUAAAGUCGUUUAUGAGAGCAUCAUAUUCGAAGUGUCCUUGCCGCAGUUCAAAACUAUUGGAUGGUUCAGCAAGUUACUUUAUUAGAGAGGAUCUGGACAUGCUUGAGACUGUGAAAAUUGAAAUGUUCAAAGGAUGCAAGUUGGAAAUGGCUGUUGCGAAAGAAAUACUCUCCAGGUCACCUUCACUGCUCAAAAUGGUGAUUCAAGAAAACCCUUUGGUCACUGCUAGCACCCGUCUUUCAAGAAAAAAGUUUUUGAAUUUGCCUCGUGCAUCCGAAAAAGUGCAAAUUGACUUCACUAAACAAUCAGACUAUGAUACAGAGUCUUUAGGACCGACUCAGACCUCAAUCACUAAACCACGAAGGUUGCUCGUCAUCCAACCACCAGAGGGCUUCAAAGGGAAAAGGUAAGGGCAACAGCCACUGCACUCAAACCUCACAGAAAUAGGACCAACCGGAGAACCCCCCAACCCACUAGACCAGAGUGAAGCACCCUAAGGCAUCCCCGGAGACAGUCAAAGGUUGGCCGGAGCUCAAAACCUGCACUGUUCCCAAACUCUCUCACUCUAGAACUAGGGCAACACUCAGAACGACUCAUCGGAAUAGAGGGAAGGAGAGGGAGUCAAAUACAAGGAUCCAGAAGGAUCGGGACAAAGAUAAAGGGGGCCAUCAGCAGGAGUCACGGGCCGGCUAAACAAAGAAGGCAAGUGGGCUGGGUAAGGACAAAUGGGCAAGUGGGUUGGUCAGGGCAGAGUCCAAACAAGACAAGAGGACUAAUAAAUGAAUGGGGCCAAUACCAACUCACAUUCUCCACCUUAUUGGCCCCUGGUGGUGUCGAGCAUUUUGUGAAAGGGAGUAUCAUCAUCGCCGGUGAAAAGUGUAUCUGUUCUUAUCUAGCCACUAUCAAUGUUAAGGGUCCGUUUGCAAGACACUAGUUUUUCAUAAGAAAGACAUUUAGUUCCCAUAUCAGAUGGGUUAAACUCCGAGGCUAUCUUGCAGAGCUUCACUUCUCCUUUGUCAACAAUAUCCCUGAUAAAAUGGAAUCUGACAUCAAUAUGCUUGGUCCGAUCAUGGAACACCGGAUUUUUGCAUAACUGGAUAGCUGAUUGGCUAUCAGAGUAAACUGUCACAACCUGUCUAAGAAAACCAAUUUCAGUUAGGAUACGUUUCAGCCAAAUGGCC